CCUCUGGCGUGGUGUUGCUUAUUAACUGCACUGAAUCAAAGCAUUUCUGCCCGCGCGUGUAGCGAAGCAAAAGUUCAGUAGUCAAAAACAAUUAGGGGAAGCGAAAUUGAAUCUGAUACUCCUGUAUAUCAGUUCUAACUGCGUCGAAUGUAUCUGUAUUAUAAUACAGGCUAUUGCAAAAACUGACAGACGGAUUGCAUCUACUUAGAAUAUGUCGCUAUUGUCACACAGGCCGUCGCAAAACUUCGCAUCAUGUCUGAAGUUUUCUUAAUUUUAGAUUUUUUUUUUGGGAGGGGUUUAUAAGGCUUGUCUACCUCAAAUGCCAUAAUUUUCUUUACGUAUUCAUUUUAUAUGACUUACAGCUGUUUUGUGACCACAGAUUGACUCACCACCUACCUGUGUUGCCGUGUCGAUUCUCUUCUCCUGCCCCCGCUCUCGACCCCGCCCACAAUAUAACUUACUGAAACUGGAGAAAUUCACAGCAGCCCUUCUGUUGUCCCUCGUGUUACGCAUAUUGAACAAUUUAGUACCUGUAUGUUUUGAAAUAAGUGUUGUUUAAUUGGAUUAGACCUACUGGCUCGAGAGCGUCCACAAUAGAGAAUAUUCUCACACAGCGUCAGCGGACCAUGGACAGUGAGGGCAGAAAGGUGGUGGUCUGUGACAAUGGCACAGGGUUUGUCAAAUGCGGGUUUGCUGGCUCCAACUUCCCUGAACACAUCUUCCCUGCGCUGGUGGGCCGGCCGGUCAUUCGGUCAAACACCAAAGUAGGAAACAUCGAAAUUAAGGACCUGAUGGUGGGUGAUGAAGCCAGUGAAUGUCGCUCGAUGUUGGAGGUGUCUUACCCCAUGGAGAAUGGCAUGGUGCGGUCCUGGGAAGACAUGAUCCAUCUAUGGGACUAUACCUUUGGACCUGGGCGCCUCAACAUCAACCCCCCGGACUGCAAGGUGCUGCUAACGGAACCUCCCAUGAACCCCACUAAAAACCGUGAGAAGAUUGCUGAGGUCAUGUUUGAGACCUACCAGUUCCACGGCAUCUACGUCGCCAUCCAGGCCGUGCUCACGCUCUACGCUCAGGGGCUGUUGACGGGCGUGGUUCUGGAUUCGGGUGAUGGUGUGACCCAUAUCUGUCCUGUGUACGAGGGCUUCUCCCUCCCCCACCUCACACGCAGGCUGGACAUUGCAGGACGUGACAUCACGCGCUACCUUAUCAAGCUGUUGCUGUUGCGUGGUUAUGUCUUCAACCAAUCGGCUGACUUUGAGACAGUCCGCAUGAUGAAGGAGAGUCUAUGCUACGUGGGCUACAACAUUGAGCAGGAGCAAAGACUGGCCACAGAGACCACAGUGCUGGUGGAGUCGUAUACGUUGCCUGACGGUCGUCAGGUGAUGGUGGGAGGGGAGCGGUUUGGGGCCCCCGAAGCCCUCUUCCAACCGCACCUCAUUAAUGUAGAAGGAGCAGGAGUGGCUGAGUUGCUCUUCAACACCAUCCAGGCUGCUGACAUAGACCUCAGGUCUGACUUCUAUAAGCACAUUGUGCUGUCAGGUGGCACCACCAUGUAUCCAGGCCUGCCCUCCAGACUGGAGAGGGAGAUCAAACAGCUGUACCUAGAGAGGGUACUCAAGGGCGACACCGAGUUGCUCUCUAAGUUUAAGAUCCGCAUCGAGGACCCUCCACGGCGUAAACACAUGGUGUUCAUGGGUGGGGCAGUGCUGGCCAAUAUCAUGAAGGACAAGGAGUCCUUCUGGCUAAGCCGGGCUGAUUACCUGGAAAAAGGCCUGAAGGUGUUGGACAAACUGGGGGUCGGUGUGAGAUAGAGAUGGGAAAGGUUCGCUUGGAAAGAGUUCGAAUCAAAACAUGGAGUUACGCCCAUCAGUAUUUUCUGACGGGAAACAAUCAUUUUUGUUUUUCUACAGUGUGCUCUAAUGACAAAGACACUGGAUAAACCGGGGGCACAGUAAAAUAGAGGUGGUUAGUGAGACUGAACACAGAACAAAGAAUACACAACACAGUUAGAAAUGGUGAUGCUGUUAUAGAGAAAAAUCUGCUGUAAUGCCUUCCUGGAUGCAAACUGGAAUCUGUUUUAUAAGUCUGUUAGAAAUAGAAUAGUAAUUUUGUUCUAGUCACUGUCAAAUGUUCAUGUUUUUUGUAAUUGUUGAAUACAAUAUCUAUACAGUGCACUUGCACAAUACAAUAGUACAUGUAAUGUUUAAUGUUUUUAAUUCUCAUUUUAUAAAAAAGAACCCUUGUCACGCCAUUGUUUCAAAUGAAAUGGACUGUUGAAUAUCAUUCCUUUUUUCCAGAAGGAACUUAAGAAACUUCAGUUGUUAUUGCCCAAGUCAAAUGGAAUCUACAGAGUUUACUUAUACGACUGUACUGUGAUGGACCAUUUCUUUAAGUUUCUUCAGAGUAGGUUUUCUGUUAUCAUUAAAUUAAAUGAAGAGAUAUUUGUUAAUUAUGACAGUAAAGAAUAAGGUAUUGUGAUUGUUGGGAAUUGAGGUUGCAGAAUCUGUCUAAUAAAUAAAAAAAAUAAUU